CACGUAGUGACUUGCGCUACUGCGCAGCCGCUGUUUGAAUCGGGUCGAGUACAUCAUCCGGUUCUUUUAUUAUUGUACUCGCUCUCAGUAAGAACGCACUAGUGCACUCAAUAAAGUGAGUGCGGAAGUGGAAUGGGACGACACCACUGUUGCGGAACAUGAACACAGUCAGCUCCAUGGUGUCGUCGGGAAGACGAUGUAUGCAGAAAAUCAGACGACCGCCACUCCUUUUACCUGCAGCUUCGUCGAGGGUACAGCGUCGUCUUCAGUCGACUCAACCCGUCUGUGCAGCCCGGCUACCUUACAUUGUCAAGGUGCAUGCUGGGAAACGCUAUGCCUGGUGUGCAUGUGGACACAGCAAGAAACAGCCUUACUGCGAUGGAGCUCACAAGACUGAAGCGCUGGGUAUUUCUCCACUUCGAUUCACUCCUGACAAAGACAAGACUGUCAUGCUGUGUGCCUGCAAGCAGACUAAAAACGCUCCUUUUUGUGAUGGCUCGCACUUUAAAGUCAUCUUCAAGGAUGUACUCAAGUCGGUAAAAAGCGUUUUCAAAUGAAUAUCAUUCACCUUUUGCUUUGAUUUGCUGUUUUUGCUAAUAGUAAACUGUGGGUGAAACGGUAGAAAUAAUCAUAUAUAUUUUAUAUCCAUAUACUGUAAUUAAGAAUGAUAAGGCUGAAAUGUACUCUCGCGACACUCCUCCCGCGUACGCAGACCUUGACAUGCACCUCCCAAAAAUGUUAGCUUCGCAGCGACAUGGAACGCACAGCUGAUUGGUCAACUUUUGCAGACGUGCUUGAAAUGCAAAAUUUGUUGUAUGAGAUAAUGCAGCAGUGAUUGAAUAUUUGCAUGUAAAUUGAUAUUGUGUACAGUACUUAAUAUCUUGGUGCGCUCUAAAAAUGAUAACUGAUUAUGUUGUUUUUCAACUUGUUGUGUCCAGUAGAAGUCAUCCCAAGAAUGGCACUCUUUUUAAGUUUUAUUGCCAAUAUAGUGCUAACGACAGAGUCAGAUCUGUCUUUGCCUUUUUCUCUUACACACACUUCCUCAUUACCUUUCAGGCACGGUGUGUUCUAGGGUUGUACUGUAUACCUGUACUAAUAAUAAUAAUGGAUUAGAUUUUGUAUCGCGCUUUUCUAUUAUUAGAUACUUAAAGCGCUCACAGAGAAAUGGGAACCCAUCAUUCAUUCACACCUUGCCACAGCUGCCCUGGGGUAGACUGACGGAAGCAAGGCUACAAGUUUGCGCCUACGGCCCGUCCGACCACCACCUAUCAUUCAUUCACCAGUGUGAACGGCACCGGGGGAAAGGGAGAAGUGUCCUGCCCAAGGACACAAUGGCAGCAAUUUGGAUGUCAAGAGGCGGGGAGCGAACCUGCAACCUCAGGUUUCUGGCACGGCCACUCUACCCACUACGCCAUACCGCUCUAGUAUAGAUAGAUAGAUAGAUAGUACUUUAUUUAUUCCGUCAGGAGAGUUCCUUCAGGAAAAUUAGUAUCGUGAUACGCAGACUGGCGGGAACGGCAGCUACGCAACGUCAUAUCCUCAAACUUUCAAAAUAAAAGCUCAGAUUUGUAAGAAUAAAGGAAAUACAAAAAUAAAUCCACAAAAACUUGGAUUAUAUUACUGAAAAUCCAUAUUUAAAGUAAAAAGAAGCAAACACAUCAUGUGAUGGAUUUUGGUGAAAUUAAUAACAACAAUAUGAAAUAAAAAAAGAAUACCAGAAUAUGCUGUUUCCUUUUUGUAUCGGUUACACUAGUGUGUGUGUGACAAUCAUUGGUACUUUAAUCAGCAAGUCAUUAUAAUAGUUAUUUAACAGUUGUGUUUAUUUUCAGUUACAUACAGAGCUCUCUGUUUUCCCAUGUCCAUAACGGGCAAAUUUGCAACGCUAUACGGCCACUAUUGUUCAGGUUGCACACCCUUCAUGAACGUAUCUUCCUAUGGUUUAUAAGUAAAACAUCCAUUAAAAGUACACAGAUGUUUCUGAAAGAUUAAUUCCAGUGCCAACAAAUACGUCAAAGUUGUGUUUGUAAUUUGUAAUUACACCAGUUGUUAGUGUAAGUUUGACAAUCAAAGUUAAAAAGAGUGUCAUACAUUGCGUGACUAAUUCUUGACGCAACAACAACACAAGCUGAAAAACGACACAUCCUGUAAUUAAUUUAAUAGCACACCAAGAUGUUUAGGUACACAAUAUAAGUUUGCAUGCAAAUAUUCUAUUUGUGCUGCUUUAUUUUUAUGCAAUAAAUUGUGCAUUUCAAGCAUAAUGUCUGAUCUCCUAUGCUCAGGGACCCUACUCGGUAAAGCUAACCAAGCACAACUCUUGGGGACGGUGUGGCGGAGUUUGGGAGAGUGGCCGUGCCAGCAACCUGAGGGCCCCUGGUUCGAUCCCCAGCUUCUACCAACCUCGUCAAGUGUCCUUGAGCAAGACACUUCACCCUUGCUCCUGAUGGGUCGUGGUUAGGGCCUUGCAUGGCAGCUCCCGCCAUCAGUGGAUGAAUGUGUGUGUGAAUGGGUGAAUGUGGAAAUAGUGUCAAAGCGCUUGAAGGUAGAAAAGCGCUAUACAAGUAUAACCCAUUGACAAUUUACCUCUGCGGUCUGCGAAUCAAGGAUAUUUGGAAGGUGCACGUCAGUCUGCGGCAGGGUACUGUACAUAUACUCUCACAUAGCGUUGCUUAUGUGAGAGUAUAUCCCAUGCUCUACCUCAGAGUUCCGAUCCAACUGUGGUUUAUGUCACUUCCUGAAUUUACCUGACAACACUAUUGUUGGAUGAAUUAAAGCGGUGUUUUUCAACCACUGUGUGCCGUGAGAUACAGUCUGGGGUACUGUGGGAGAUUAUCUAAUUGCACCUAUUUGGGUUAAAAAUAUUUUUUGCACACCAGUAAUUAUAGUCUGCAAAUUAUGUGUUGUUGUUGAGUGUAUGUGCUGUCUAGAGGUCGGCAGAGUAAGUGUGUAAUACUCUUCCGUAUCAGUAGGUGGCAGCCGGUAGCUAAUUGUUUCGUAGAUGUCGGAAACAGCGAGAGGCAGUGUGCAGGUAAAAAAGUAUCUAAUGCUUAAACCAAAAAUAAACAAAAGGUGAGUGCCUCUAAGAAAAGGUAUUGACGCUUAUGGAAGGCUAUGCAGAAUGAAACUAAAACUGAACUGGCUACUAAGUAAACAAAAACAGAAUGCUGACAACAGCAAAAACUUACUGUGGAGCAAAGACGGCGUCCACAAUGUACAUCCGAACAUGACAUGACGAUCAACAAUGUCCCCACAAACAAUAAAAACAACUGAAGUAUUCUUGAUUGCUAAAACAAAGUAGAUGCAGAAAAUAUCACUCAAAGGAAGACAUUAAACUGCUUCAGGAAAAUACAAAAAAAAGACGAAAAGCCACCAAAAUAGGAGCACAAGACAGGAAUUAAAACACUACACAGGAAAACAGCAAAAAACGCAAAAUAAGUCACGGUGUGAUGUGACAAGUGGUGACAGUACACCUACUUUGAGACAAGAUCUAUAUUGAUGCAUGUUUGGUUAUGCUUUAAAGUCAUAUCCAACAAUUGCGACAAUGACUUUUUACUGUCAACCGAGUUUCAUUUUUUAAUUAUUUCUGCUGGCGGUGUGCCUCUGGAUUUUUUUCAACGCAAAAAAUGUGCCUUGGCUCCAAAAAAGGUUGAAAAACACUGAAUUAAAGGGUAGUUUGUUUGAUACAUGGAAUUGAAGAAUACAUGUGCAUUAAUUUGCUUGUAAUCUGGACAGUAAGGACUGUCACUCAGAACGGUAUUUAGACACGAUGAAUCUUGACUAUCCCUACAUUGUACUCAUAGUAGUUUUAUUGUUUUAAAUAAUGCAGUAUACUUUGUAUGAAAAUCCUCCUAUAUAUUUUUUAUUGUAGUACCUUUUUUUCUACAAUGUUGUGAUUCAAAUAAAAGAGGGGAAAACUUGAA